UGAGCGUGGAUCGGCGGACUGUGGCAGUGUGACUGUGGCUGUCCGCUAAGCUUCACCCCGGCUUCACCAUCAGCAUCAGCAUCUGUCCACUCGGUUCACCAUGAAGAUCUGGACCUCAGAGCACGUCUUUAACCAUCCUUGGGAGACGGUGACCAAGGCUGCUAUGCAGAAAUACCCCAACCCCAUGAACCCCAGUGUAAUCGGCGUGGAUGUUCUGGACAGAGACGUGGACAGACAGGGACGCCUCUGCAGUAAAAGGCUACUCAGCACAGAAUGGAGUCUUCCCUCUAUAGUAAAAUCUAUCAUGGGCAUCUCACGGACGUACACAUACGUUCAGGAGCAAUCUGUAGUUGAUCCUAACGAGAAGACUUUUGAGCUUCAAUCCACAAAUAUCACUUUCACAAACAUGGUGUCUGUGGAUGAGAAGUUAACGUACAAGCCCCAUCCUGAUGAUCCGGAGAGGACAAUCCUGACUCAGGAGGCUAUCAUCUCUGUGAAAGGUGUGAGUCUCAGCAGCUACCUGGAGGGAGUAAUGGCCAGCACCAUCUCUGCUAAUGCUGGAAAGGGCCGUGAAGCGAUGGAGUGGGUAAUCAGGCGACUGAAUGCCGAAAUCGAGGAGCUGGCAGCCACAGCCUGCGGGACGAUGCGCCCCCCCAUGGCGGCUGCGGUGGCAGAGAAAUGACACCUGCUUCUGUUGUUGAGCAGAGUCUGAAAGAGACGAUACCUCACUACCACACUCAGCCUCUUUUCAUGAUGCUCCGCUGCUGUUUUGGUGCUCUGAUUUAUUUUUUUUUAUAUUGUUUAAGGGUACAACUUCACCAUCUCUCUUAUGUUAUUAUCUACAUUAGAUAUUUUUUAAGCAGCGGGCUGCAGCAUGAAGGGUUUGUGGUGAGUGUGUUCCCGACAGGACUGCAGUGACGUGAGACCCGAGGCUGGAGAAGGGGUGGCACAUUGAGUGUGAACACCGUUAUGAUUCAUGUGUUUUCAAAGCAUGCAGCAGUGUCAAAAGGGCAUUUUAGCCAUUAAGACAAACUGGAAACACAAGAGAAGUGCCAAAACAAAUAACUGCCCUGUGCCCAGUCUUUUUCAAACGAGCUUUGUCCGCUGAAUGCCAGCAGGUCUCGUCUGGCAUGACCUCUGCGUUUAGAGCGACCCAGUAAAAACACUGUAAGAUUUAUAGAUGUGACUGUGACGACAACGUAUGUUGAGGUGUGACACGAGAAAGCGACACCGUUUCCAGGAGGAGGUCAUGGGUAGAGCGUUUCAAGGGUACGUAGAAGCGGUGGGGGGGAGGCGGGGUGAGACGUUGGUUCACGGACAGGUUUAUUUGAGUAAGAUGGACAUCUCAGCAGUGUUUUCCUGUGGGACCUCAGUAAUAAUAAGAGACUCUGUACUAGACAACAAACACUAGGCUUUUUAAAAUAAAUGUGUUUUAAUUGUGUCAAGAAUAAGAUAUUUAAGUGAAAUGAAGGGAUCAAGAUGUUUGCCAUAUUUAUGUUUUUUGGAGUUGAAGGCCUUCUCAAAUGCAGCAUGACCACAGCGUUGAGGUAAAUCUACCUGAUACACAGACAUACCAAAGGUUAAAACCUUAAGUUGCACUUUGAACUGAGGCAGUUUUGUCAGCGCUCACACACACGUCAUCCUCUCAGUAUGUAUUGUGUGUCGGUGGGUUGAAGCAUUUUCUCUGACAAUAUGAUGAUGACGAUUUGAAAAAAACAGCUGCACACGCUGAGUGAGCUGAUAUGUGAAUAUGUUCACAGCAGACAUGGUAACGCUUGCGUUUGAGACGGUCUUCUUUCAUCACGUCGACAGCAGUGUGGUGAUGGUGAAUGCACUAAAUUCUUUAUUUUUCUAUAUGUAACAUGAAUAUUUAUUCAGAGAGGAAUUUAGAGUUUGGUUGACAUGCAUAGGAAUUGUAAGCUGUGCAUUUUGACAGGAUGCCUGUUAAAACAAUAAUUUUUUCUCAAUUAAUACAGAAUGUGAAAAUAAAAUAUAACUUGUUA